GAGGCGAUUGCCUCCCCCAUCAGCACUUCAUACUCGCUGCGCCUCAGAUGCUUAUAAUGGUCCAUUCUCAAUUUCUCUUUAUUGCUCUUGUGGCAUUGUGGGCGCCUGUAGUCAGCGCAACCAGCCGUGUUGUCCGGCAGGAUGUUGCCGGGACUGCUACCGUCAAUAUUGGAUACCACCAAGGUGAAGCCAAAUUCCUGGGAGCUGGUUUCAUCUAUGGCUUUCCCGACAAUGGCUCAAGCGCCGAUGACUCCAUUCCCGAUUACUUUGUUCGAGACAUCAAAUUUCAGACCUCGCGCGGCGGUGGCUCGCAAAUCUCUUACGAAGGGUGGGCCACGGGCGGUUUGGAACAGUACAGAGGCCGAUUUGCCUCUGCACUUUCCAAUUAUCGCACCUCGCGGAAGUUUGGAGGCAGCUAUCUGCUAAUGCCCUCUGAUCUUUGGGGGGCGCAAGGAGGAGCCCCAGAAAACUUCCCGUUCCCUGGUGAUAAUGGCGACUGGUCUGAGAUGGAAAAAUUCCUUCGUCAAGUCAUAAGCGACAUCAAAGAUAACGAUAUGUUAGAUGGACUUGUAAUCGACUUGUGGAAUGAGCCUGAUCUUGACUCGUUUUGGAAUCGCCCGUGGUCUCAGUAUGUCGAAUACUUCGUCCGGGCUUCAUUGCUCUUUAAAUCUGAAUUUCCCGAAGCUCGACUCAGUGGGCCUUCUUCAGCGCACUCGCCUCAUAAAGAUAGUGAGAAUUGGAGGGCAUGGCUAUCAUCCAUUUCUCAGAACAAUGCCGUACCUGACAUCUACUCCUGGCAUCAAAUUGGCGCCUGGGAGCGAGAGCCUGAUACAACCAUUCCGGCACUCAAGGCGCUUCUGGCCGAAUAUAAUCUACCUGAGCGACCGGUGGAUGUGAACGAAUAUGCAUGGCCCGACGAACAAAACCCGGCGAAUUCGGUUUAUUAUUUAUCUCAACUGGAGCGUCACAACAUUCGUGGAUUGCGCGCAAACUGGGGCGGAGGCCCAUCUCUACACGAUUUCAUGGCAAACCUUAUCUGGAAAGAUGAUGGAGGAUAUUAUCCCAACGGAGAAUGGCAUCUCUAUAAAUAUUACGCAAGAAUGGAGGGCGAGAGAGUGGCAACAUCUGCAUCUUCUGACUUGAAGUUUGAUGCUUUUGCUGUACUCUCCGGCCGCCGUCUCAAAAUCAUCGCAGGCACAAGGACUGUGAAGGCCCGCUAUAACAUUGAGAUCACAGGUUUCACUGAUUCCGGUGUACCUCCCGAAGGCUCUUUGACUGUAGGGAGGUAUCAAUUCGAUUGGGCAGGUGCUCAAGGGCGUAUUUGGGAUGCUUUGUAUCUCGGAACAGCUACGUACGAGUAUUCACAGAACAAGUUGAUUAUUCCGUUCGAUCCUCCAACCGAACACACGGCCUUUGCUUUUGAGGUUGAAUUGCCCUAA